CAGAGGGAGUUGUAAAGCCCUUCCGGGUUGAGCGACUUUGUGAUCCCGGGUGGCAGUGAGGUUUUCCGGUGAGGGAUCAGGCUGUCCUCGGCGACGCACUGCCUGAAUGGCAGAGCAAUGGAAGGUCGGUCGCUGGUAUUUUGAGAUCGGACACCUGCACUCGCGCUACGUACCUUUCCCUUUUUGGUCGGCAGCCCGCCUGUACGCAGAGCCUGCGACAUCUAACGCCCCCCCCCCCCCCCAACCCAGGGGAAUCUGGGUCACCUGCUGUUUGACCACCCGGUGGGUCAGGUCUGCACUUCAAUCGGCUAGAGAUGAUCAUGAUCAGAGUAUGCACAAGCUGAAGUCGUCGCAGAGGGAGAAGCAUCGGCGGUUUAUCUCCUCCACGCAGGCAGGCGACGGGACGGCUGUGCCCUGCCUGAUUCACAAUGACUGGAAACUAGAAGUCGCCGUCGACAGCUAUUACCCCAACCCAGCCUCGCACUACGAAGACUCCAUGAAAACCCCGGUGGACCGCAAGAAGCUCGAACAGCUCUACAACCGAUACAAAGACCCGCACGAUGAGAAUAAGAUAGGCAUCGACGGGAUCCAGCAGUUCUGCGAUGACCUAAGCCUGGACCCGGCCAGCAUCAGCAUCCUGGUGGUGGCCUGGAAGUUCAGAGCGGCCACGCAGUGCGAGUUUAGCAGGAAGGAGUUCUUCGACGGGAUGGUGGAGCUCGGCUGCGACAGUCCGGAAAAACUCAAGUCCAUCCUCCCCAGGCUGGAGCAGGAGCUGAAAGACACGGGGAAGUUUAAAGACUUCUACCAGUUUACGUUCAGCUUCGCCAAGAACCCAGGCCAGAAAGGGUUAGAGCUGGAAAUGGCCGUGGCGUACUGGAAUCUAGUCCUCACAGGCCGAUUCAAGUUCCUGGAUCUAUGGAUCCGCUUCCUGCUGGAGCAUCACAAACGCUCCAUUCCCAAAGACACCUGGAACCUCCUCUUGGACUUUGGCCACAUGAUCGCAGACGACAUGUCAAACUACGAUGAAGAAGGUGCCUGGCCCGUGCUCAUCGAUGACUUUGUGGAGUUUGCUCGGCCGAUUUUAGCAGGAAAUAAACGCAACGCGACGUAAUAUUCGUCGCAGCUCCGCCGUACGCAGGACGCCGUUCUGUUUCUUCCACUUUUUUUUUUUUUUUCCCUAUUUAAUGAAAGUAUGAUACAGGGUAGCCUAAAGAAACUGCUUACAAUGAGUUGGUUGCCUGCAAUUUCCUGAUAAUUUUUCUGCUGCAUAAGAUGCCUUUGAAAGAGGGGGAGGGGGAGGGGGAUGCAGAAGUUGUUUCUUUAAACAAAUGUAACUUAUCUAGAGCAGUCCGACCUGUGAAGCUGAAGCUGUGAGAACAGCGGUUUGCAAUGAGAGGUCCGUUGGUACGUUAUCUUUGUCAAAUGUGUCAACUGGUUCUUAUGCAGAUUGUUCUUUAUUUAAACAGUGUUACUUUUGGCUGUGAAAGAAAACAGCUGUCCAUGCAUCAAAAGCAUUUUUCAGUUACGUUGUUCUUAAUAAUAAUAAUAAAAAACCAAGCCAAUAAAGA